AUGUCCGCAACUCCUGUGUCGUCCCCAGGCUACGCCGACGAGAUCCUGGCCCAGGAGCCCUCGUUUUUCUCGAAGUUUUGCCUCGACGGGCUGCUGGCCCUCGCGGAUUGUGUCGUGUUGCUCGGGCUGCUGGCGUAUCAACUGUAAAAAUGUCUGGGUCUGGAAGAUUCAGACACUUGUCAUGCACGUUUUGCAUGGGGAUGGGCCCUGAUGUCUGUGAUGCAUGCCCUAGCAUCACAGAUUUUUUGAGAGCUUCUUGAUGCCUAUUUCGCAUGACAAAUGCCCUCUCCGCGUAGCAAGAAUUACACUGCCUUUGGUACUCAUGCAAUACAGAUUUUUUUGGAAUCCAAAUGCAGCAUCACAAGUUGAAUUCUUCCAGACCCAGACAUUUUUACAUUUGAUAUGGCGCUGAUCUCCCAGCUCCGCCGCACCAAGUCGUUGCUGGGACUGUCUCUGCAGACGAUCGUGGCGCUGACGGUCACUAUCAACUGCAAAGCUGUCUGGCUCUGGAAGGAUGCGAGCUUGUGAUGCGUGUUGCGGAUCAUACAAAAAUCUGUGUUGCGUGACUUGCAAAAGGUGUCCAUUUCUGGCCAUGCUGAGAGGGCAUUUCUCAUGCAGUAUAGGCAUCACCUUCUCCUUCACCAAGGGGCUGCAGAACCUGUUAUGCUAGGCCCUACAUUCCAGACUUGGUGGAACUUGGAGAAACUGCAUGACAAAUCUCGGAAGACUUACCGUUUGUAGCUUUUAUAAAGAAAUGGGACGCCCUGCCCUUAGCCUUCCAACAUGACAAAUCGAAAUCUCGGAAUCUUCCAGACCCAGAUUUAUUUGCACUCGAUAGUCACGCGGGUGCUGCAUUUUGCCUCCUGUGUUCUCGGUUUCCACUUUGACGCCACCCGGUUUUUGCUGCUGGACUUGGCGUAUGAACUGCAAAAGUAUCGUACUAGUAUAAAUUGCAAUACAAAUUUCCUCAGCAUGAGAAAUAAAACUUGUCAUGCGGAUCCACCUUAACAAUAGAAUUUGUAAUGCAUAAACGCGAUUAGUACGAGUACGAUGCUUUUGCACAGGAUAUGGCGAUCGUGGUGGCCCUGGUAUUUGUCUGCCUCCAGGUGUUCGAGUUUUUCCCGACCUACCAGGGACUAUCAAAUGUAAAAAUGUCUGGGUCUGGAAGGUUGGAACUUGUCAUGCUGAAUCUGAAUCAUGCAAGAAAUCUGUGUUGCGUGAUUACCAACAGCCGUCGUUUUUUACCAAGUUGAGAGGCAAUUUCUCAUGCAGGAUCGGCAUGCUAGAGAUCUCACAGAGUUUGUCAUGCUAGGCGCUGCAUUCCAGUCCUCAUGAGUCAUAGAAAACCUGCAUGACAAACCUGGUAACCUUCCAGACCCAGACAUUUUUACAUUUGAUAGGGACUCGCGGUGGACAAAUUCGGCCGGUUUUUGCACCCCAACGACCAUGCGCAGUGUGCCUGCCUGUACGUCGCGGCCCUCACGAUCGCGCUGUUGACCAUGUCGAUCCGCCGAACAGAAUAUGCGCGUGCACACCUCGUUCUCAACAUUUUUCUUCGCAAAAGAAGGCCAAUUAAGUAUUGUGGAGCCAGUGCUUCUCUUUUAAUAUCAGUGGCAUGCGCAUACUUCAAACCUGAAGCUUCGAAAUACGAUUGACCGGACCACCAGGAGGAUCACAGCACAACUCCAAGUCGUGUUGUUGUACAUACACUGUACUGUUUUUUGAGUAGUUGCUGUUCCUGUAUCAGACAAUUUUAAUUUUUUACAAAGGCAAAGGGGAUGCAAGGAAGUCGAGUUCUUGUGCACUGUGCAUACAGGAGCAAGCUUCAGCUCGUUCGUCUUUUGCUUUCACGAGAUUCUCACCCUCCUCGCACUGUUGCCCCAACUCUACAUGUUCGCCGCCACUGCCCCGGAAUCCCGGUCGGUGGACUUACUGUUGAAAAUGGAUUUCCUGCUCUUUUUCGGCCUCAGCAAGGUUUUGAACCUCGGGUUUUGGAUCCUGUUCCCCGUACUCAUCAGUGGGGUAAAAAUAUCGUCAAGUGCGGACACGAUUUCUGGGAUAGAAGCGAGUGCAGCUGCGGGCACUGCAGCUCUCGCUGCCUCCGGGGUAGAAGUCUCACCGAGCGAUCCAGCUGCGGUGGCCUCAACAGCAUCGCCAGGACUAACAGGAGCAGCAGCAGCAGCCGACCAGCAGGCGUCUAGUGCGACAGCCGCGCCAAUAGUAAGUCCACCAGCCGCGGCCUCGCGCGGCUACCCCGCGAACCGUGGCGUGCAGAUGUUCGCGGAGUUUGUCAAUUUGCUUCUCCUUUCGGACUUCCUCUACGGCCGACUCCGAGUUCGGGAGAGCGUUCGGACUUUUCUCAUCCGGAAUUUUGGCUUUCUGCUUCAUUUUCUCGCCGGGGAAAAACGGAGUCGGAGCAGCGAAAGCAGUGCGGACAUGGAUUAUAUGACGGGAGAGGGUGAUGUUGAUAUGUGGAACAUGCAGAAUGGAAAUUAUGGAAACAACAAAGCGGAUGGGUCGGCGAUGCAGACCGUAGGUACCAGUGCCGGAGGUGGGGGAAAGGGGGGAAGCUAUUUGUUCAACUACGAUAAGAAUUCCAUGAUGGAUCACGACAUGAUAUGAAAAAUAAGAAGUGCAAACCGAGGACUUUGAAGCAGAAUGUCGCUGGCGAUCAGGAUGAUGUGUGGAAAUCGUGAAUCAGAAUCACAAUUCAUUUUUUCACCAAAUUGUCUACGUAGGGAGGAGUUGACGGGUUUGGUUUCGACAUAGGAAGAUUGCGGCUCGCUGUGCAACAGAG